AUAAAGGUUAUCGUUGUUGGGAUCCAAUAUCACAAAAACUUCGUGUCUCUCGUCAUGUUGUUUUUUGGGAACACACUAUGUUUGCUUCUCUUUCUGAAUUCAAGGUGUCUCCUUCUCAUCACCCUCCUAUCUUCACUAACCCAUCCCUUGAGUUAUUUCCUAAUGAUGACGCAGGAUCUCCUAAUGAGCCUUCAAAUGAUCAAACUUCCAUGGCUCCUGUUUCAGAAGAUGUCUCUUCUGCAGAUAUUGCACCUAGAACAAAUGAGAUUGAAAAUCCACCAUCCUACAAGGAAGCUUCUUUAGAUCCUUUAUGGCAGCAAGCUAUGAACGAGGAAUUACAGGCUUUGGAAAAGACAGGUACUUGGGACUUGGUUGAUCUUCCUCUUGAUAAGACUCUUGUUGGAUGCAAGUGGGUAUACAAGAUCAAAACUCAUUCUGAUGGAUCUGUGGAGUGCUAUAAGGCACGUCUGGUGGCAAAGGGUUUUACACAGGAAUAUGGCAUUGACUAUAAGGAGACCUUUGCUCUUGUUGCUCGUCUUACCACAGUACGUAGUUUACUAGCUAUUGCUGCUGUACGUAAAUGGAAGCUGUUUGAGAUGGAUGUAAAGAAUGCCUUUAUUAAUGGUGAUUUGGAAGAUGAGGUUUAUAUGAAACCGCCUCUUGGACUUACUCCUCCUUUGAAUAAGGUAUGUCGAUUGCGACGAGCCUUGUAUGGUUUAAAGCAGUCUCCUCGAGCUUGGUUUGCAAAAUUCAAUUCUACUGUAAGUGAGUUUGGUUUCAACUCUAGUCCACAUGAUACAGCUUUAUUUGUUCGUAAAUCUGCUCAGGGAAUGGUUCUCUUACUCAUAUAUGUUGAUGAUAUGAUUAUCACUGGAGAUGAUGUUUCAGGGAUUGAUGAGCUUAAGCAGUUUCUCAGCCACAGAUUUGAGAUGAAAGACCUUGGCUCCUUGAGUUAUUUUUUGGGACUUGAAGUUACAUCCUCAGAUGCUGGUUAUCUUCUCUCUCAAAUGAAAUAUGCAUCAGAUCUCAUAUCUAAAGCCGAUCUCAUUGAUAGUAAGAAUGUCUCCACACCUCUUGAACCGAAUGUCAAGCUCACACCAUUAGAUGGUUCCCCACUCCCUGACCCUACUUGUUAUCGGCAGUUGCUUGUUUGCUUUAAGGGGAUGAGGGGAGAAGGAUAAAUUUCCUUAUUUUGGAUAAUAAAAAUGAAAAAAAAAA